AUGUCCUCGCAGACCCAACACCGCCCCUCUGUCAACGGCGUCACUCCUCGCAAGCCCGCCGCUCCUCGCGCUGCACCCGCCAAACGUCCCGCUGCCGCCAAACAAGCGCCCAACGGCGUGCCUCGAAGUUACCCCAAAGCUCCUCCCAAAGCACACUCCGUAGCCGGCGAGAGCCCUUCCGGCCAGUCGUCGUCCGCGUACGCGAUCAUGGCGAGUAGGAUUGCGAACAGAGUCGCGGAGAUGGCGGAGAGUAUCACGUUUGUGGAGAAACCUAAGCCGCAGCAACAGCAGCAAGCACCUCAAACUGAAGAAUCUCGCCGCCCGCGUAAGCUCGAGAUGCGUCUCCCCGGCGGCGGCGGGUCUGGGGACAGCGUCGCGUUCAGCGCACCCUUCCUCGACAAUACUCUGCAGAAGAUGCUGCAGCUGCAGAACCGGAUGUUGACCACCACGGCGGAGCUGUCGAAGGCGGGAGGGGUGGAGGAGAAGGUGAUCAAGGAGCAUGCGGCGCAGAGCGCGGAGUUGAGUCGGAUCAUUGCUAUGAUCUGUGCUGAGAAGGCUAGACAGGGUGCGUAA